GCUUGGCUAGUACGGCCAUCAUAAGCCCGCAGUACCUGCGACACGCAUUAUUGCUUUACAGACUAGCUACGAAUCUCCCAACAGUGGUGCAAGUAAUGACUGUCUUCAAAUAUACUGCCUGUGGAAGACCACUGAUCUCUAGCUAAAACGCUACCGAAGGUACUAAUAUGUACGAGUAUAGACGGCGCGCUGAGAGUGUCACUACUGACAGUAGUGAGUGGCGCUUGCCUCGAGGACCCAGGGUAACUUCCCUUGGCGAAGACAUUUAUAUCAUCAACUGAUAACAAUACAGGCACAGACAGUGUCCCCUUACUAGGAUUCAGUCUUCUAAUGUUCUGCUUGGACAAGCGCCGACGAAAGACCCGCACGGAAAACCCUAACUUGCAUCCUAUUCCAAGCAAUCAUCCCCCAGAAAUUCCACCAGAAAACGACGCACCCCUCUGCUCAACAUGCUCAUCUCUCGAUCUCCAUGCAACCCUACAUGACGGCGUCCAAGAAAAACACCCAAAUCCCCUCGGUCAUCUCACAGACAUCCUCGACAAAUCUAACCAAUGCGGACUGUGCAACCUCGUAGCUAUUGUCAUCCGCCGUGCGUGGCACUUGGAUAAGCUACCUGGUAUCGACAUUGCUGAUAUUACCUGUGCGCUGCAUGCGAGGGAGUGCGGGUAUCCACGCAUUCCUGAUUAUGUAUCUCCUGUAUUCAGGGAUAUCUGUCAUCGGCUGUAUAUCCAGACUUCUGAUAGACCUCGGGAUGUCACAGCCACUAUAGCCGCCGCGCAGUCAAACUUCUUGUUGGAUAUUCAGCUCCUGGGAGAAGAUGCUUCCAAGGUUGGCAGAACGGAGGAACUUCAUGGCAGGAGAGUUGGCCAGAAUGUUGAUACGGCCCUGUUGAAAAGAUGGAUCCACAUCUGUGAACACGAGCAUGGGGAGCUAUGUGAAACAGUAUGGUGGAGGGAUGCUGGAGACGUUCUUCCGAAGAGCGUAAGAGUUGUCGAUGUAACUCGAAUGGCUGUGGUUCGCGCACCGCCAUCUUGCCGUUUCGUCGCUCUUAGCUACCUCUGGGGAGGUACAGGAGGGGAAUAUUGGACGACACAGGCAAAUCUCAAGCGGCGCAGAGCACAAGGCGGCCUUGACGUAUCAGUGUUGCCAGGCACAAUCUUAGACGCCAUUCAACUCGUCCGUCAGCUCGGCGAGCGGUACCUGUGGAUUGACGCAUUGUGUAUCGUACAAGAUGACCCAAAGGACAAGGCAGUGCAGAUUGGCGUAAUGGACCUUAUCUAUGGGAGCUCCACAUUCACAAUCUUCGCUGCGGGUGGCACCUCCGCGCAUGAUCCUCUCCCAGGCAUCCGCCCAGGGACUAGGGACCCCAAGCAACAAAUAGCUAAAAUCCAGGGCCUUCACCUUGCCGUCCCCCUCAUCCUCCCCCGCGAAGCCAUAGUAAUUUCUGCAUGGAACACACGUGGCUGGACAUAUCAAGAACUCAUGCUCUCCCGCCGCCGCAUCUUCUUAACACCUUAUCACGUGCACUUUGAAUGCGGAGAGGAUGUAUGGAGCGAAGAUGUCAUCGCAGAGCGUAUCCGCCUCCCCUGGGAUUCACAUCCCCUGAAGUACGGCGGUGCAGGUUCGUUCACGUUCGCGCAUGCCCCACCGCAUUGGAUGCGCCCUUCAUAUAUGGUGCACUACAUGAGCAUCAUCAGACAGUACACGCAACGCAGGCUUACUAUGGAGUCAGACAUCGUGAAUGCUGUUUCGGCGCUCAUCAAUGCUAUGACCAAGGGGUUUAAGGUGGCUGGUGGCUACCCUGAUCGAGCGUUCCGGUUCGGGAUGCCCCUCAUUGACCUGGAACUCGCGUUGGUGUGGCAGCCAACAGCCAAUACAUCCUGUGUGCGGCGCAUGGUGAUGGUCGGCUUGUUCUCCAAGAUGUUCGACGUACUGGUCGGACGGCAAGUUCUGUUGAGGAAGCAAAUUCCAUAUUCAGGACUCGUUCAGCUCGUUUCAACAGUUAUAAAGGCGGACGAUGUCAUCGGUGCUGAUCCCGGGGCGAACUACGCUACAUAUUCCAUACUAUCCGACGUUCCUCGACCAUCAACGUUAGUAGGGCGCGUCAUCCUUCCAUGUUCCACCCAUUCACCGACUUCAUGUGAAUUUAUUGUUCUGUCUCGCACAGACGACGUCACAGGGUUGUACGAUGAAGACACAUUGGGGAAACGAUAUCUCGGAUGCAUGUUGUAUGUGAUGGUCGUGCAGAAGAUGCAGGAUGAGAAGCGGAUGGAACGGGUCGGUGUGGGGGUUAUAUUCGAACAUGCUUGGCCAAAUGCGAUUCCGGAGCAAAAGGUUGUUUUAUUGGGAUAACAGUGAAGUUGCUCGAAUGCAGAUUGAAUGCAGCACUGAAAGUCAUAAGAUAUGAGGACCAUUUACGGCUCCCGUGUACACAAAUAUCUCAUGUAUUGACAUCCAGCACAUAUCCUCUCUCUGUGAUCUCU